UGGCGUAACGUCUGACGUCAUAGGCACGCGUCGGCAGAAACGGGAUACAAACGCAAACGUGGAGUGAAAGGAUCGAACAAGCGUGAUAUAUUUGUGUUAAUCCCGUUUUUGGCGCGAUAUGGAUGAUGAGGAAGAGACUUACAGACUAUGGAAAAUUAGAAAAACUAUCAUGCAGCUUUGCCACGAUCGUGGUUAUUUGGUGACGCAGGACGAGCUGGACCAGACUCUAGAUGAGUUCAGAAGCCAGUUUGGAGACAAACCCAGCGAAGGUCGACCACGACGAACCGAUCUCACGGUCCUGGUGGCCCACAACGACGAUCCCACCGACCAGAUGUUCGUGUUCUUCCCUGAGGAACCAAAGGUUGGCAUCAAAACCAUAAAGAUGUAUUGCCAGCGUAUGCAAGAAGAAAACAUCACCCGGGCCAUCAUUGUAGUCCAGAUGGGCAUGACGCCCUCCGCCAAACAGUCUCUGGUAGACAUGGCUCCAAAGUACAUACUUGAGCAAUUUCUUCAGCAGGAACUUCUGAUCAACAUUACCGAACACGAGCUUGUUCCAGAGCACAUAGUGAUGACUAAAGAGGAAGUGACAGAGUUGCUGGCGCGGUAUAAACUAAAGGAAAGCCAGCUUCCCAGGAUUCAAGCUGGGGAUCCUGUUGCCCGUUACUUCGGCUUGAAGAGAGGCCAGGUUGUUAAGAUCAUCAGACCGAGUGAAACUGCGGGACGGUACAUCACAUACAGACUGGUCCAGUGAUGCUUGUGAAGUUUGAAAUGUUCUCCAACUGCUGAAAGUGGUUUUUAACAGUUUUUCCUUUUUUAUCUAAUAAAUAUGAUCCUGUUA